UUAGUUAAGCUUAAUCCUUUGAUAGGUGUCCAUACCCUAUGCGAUAUAAAUUUUUUUUAGCGUUGCUGUUGAUAUUACCUCAAGUUUUGUACCUAUAAAAUUGGAUAACAAUCGCAGUGCAGAGCCCCUUACACUCCCAGCGUGCAAUCAUGGAGAGUCUGUGAGUCUAGCGGUCUACUCAUCAGACACUGCUGAAGUGCUAAAUGCGUUAGCAUUAGAUAUUAUCAUUGGAGAGGCAACGGCACUGUCCGCUGUAAAUCUGGCAACAUUUGCUCAGUUCGUUCUAAAUCUUUUUGAUCCUGUUAUGCCUACCUUCAGUCCACUAGAGGAAAUCGAACCAUCAACACUUCCGGCAAACUUUACCACUAUAUUCGAACGAUCCACGCCUUUGCAGUAUCGACAUCGUCUCGACUACAACUCCUUCAAUUCAUUGCUUUUGAAUCGUCUUCCUGAAAAUGGUCUACAUGCUCUCACAUUGGAUUCGCGUCAUGUGAGUAUGCUAAAGAUCACUAAGUUCGUGGAUACUGUGAAGGAGGCUGUGGAAGAAAUUUGUGAGGAAUUGAGAAAUCGAAACACUCUGUCAAAGGCUGAAAUCAAGAAGGAAAUUGACCUCUCAAAUGAAGUACAGCAGCUGAUUACAUCCCGCUAUGUAGAAACCAUGAUGAAAAUGGCAGAUGCAUGCGGUGAGGCACGUGAUGUGCCGAUUUCUUUGAUUGCUGAUCGAUUUGUAAGUACUCUCUGCAAUCUGGUGUGA